CGUAUCUCAAAUGGCCGAGUACCCCCCAAACAACCAAACUACGAGUAAUCUCUCCCCUCGAUCGCUAGCUAGCUACGCACCUUCAAUAAUUUUAAGUACUCUUAUCACCUUUAGUUCUCACCCUUAAGACGUGAGGCUUUUGGUCCAGGACUCAACAGUCAUCAUCGAUCUUAUCCAGGAAACCAAUUACAAUGAAGCAAACGGUGGUGAUGAAGGUGUCCAUGGAUGGCCACAAGUCCAUCUUCGGUGAGCUGGAUGGACAAAAGGCCCGCUCCAAAGCCUUGAAGAUUGCAGUUGGCCUUUCAGGGGUGGUAUCAGCAUCUUUAAAAGGAGAGGACAGGGACCAAAUAGAGGUCAAAGGGGAUGGGAUUGAUACCGUGAAACUAGCAAGGUUACUCCGGAAGAACGUUGGACCUGCAGAUAUAAUUACGGUGGCAGAGGACGGGGAGAAGAAAGAAGACGGAGAAAAGAAAAACGAGCCGACGGUACUACACUACAAUAUGGUUUGGCCUUACGGGGCGGGUGACGUCCCAUCCUACUAUUCCAACCCUGGCUACCCACUGUAUGCGGUCAGGAGUACUUACCAGGAACCCUACCCAGCUUGCUCCAUCAUGUAACUGUGCUAAUAACUAUCAACAUGGACUAAAGUAUCGGUUUCCUAAUAUCAUUAUGGCAGUUUGAAA